UGAUAAGGACAGCCAUUGCACUCGUCUGUGGAUCAACAGCGCAGUUUGCAAAAAUGUCUCUCCUGAUGAAGGUGUGUGUGACGGUGGUUAAUGUCUUGUUUCUGCCCUUACACCUGUUGGACGCGCUCGGUCUGUACCGCGUGUACAAACGCUUCAUGCCGUUGUGUUUACAUCACCUUUCCAAAAAGUACAACGAGAAAAUGCACGACAAGAAGAAGGAGCUGUUUCGCACUUUGCCAGAGUUAAAUAAAAACAACGGACACCUGACGAUUCUGGAAAUCGGCUGCGGUACCGGCACAAAUUUUGAGUUCUACCCGCCCGGGAGCAAAGUGAUCUGCACUGAUCCGAACCCCCACUUCCAGAAGUAUCUGAGUCAGAACAUGAACAAGAACGACCACCUGAUGUACGAGAGGUUUCUGGUGGCGUCUGGAGAGGACCUGAGCGCAGUGGAGGACCAGUCUGUGGACGCGGUCGUCUGUACUCUGGUUCUGUGCUCCGUCAACAACACCCCCCAAACUCUGCGAGAAGUACACCGUAUACUGCGACCUGGCGGCGCCUUCUUUUUCAUGGAGCAUGUGGUUGCAGACCCCUCCACUUGGAUACACUUCUUCCAGCACGUCUGUCAGCCCAUAAUGUACUACUUUGGCGAUGGAUGCCAGAUCACUCGUGAAACGUGGAAACACCUGGAGGCGGCUGGCUUCUCGGAGCUGAAACUGAGGCACAUCGACGCUCCGCUCUUCUCUCUGAUCAAACCCCACAUCGUCGGCUAUGCUGUGAAAUAGCUGCUGUUUGAGUGGUUUGAUAGUUUCCCUCCAUCACUGCCAUGUGUUUGAAGAGCCCAUGCAACCAAAGCCCAACUUCUGUAAAAACAAAAAAAACAAAAAAAAGUGCACUUACGUGACUCACUCAAUUUGAUACAAAUUUUAGUUUGAAGAGGGAAGAAAAUCAGUAUUUCUUUUUGUCUAUACUUAUUUUGCAUCUUUUUUAGGAAGUGGUUAUAAGAAAUCAAAAAAGUUUCAGAGCUCAGAAAUAUAUAGUGUUAUUGACAGUGUUUUUCAUCUAAACAUGAUUAUUGGGUUCACUUUAUUGGGUAACAGAAUAAUAACUAAUGAUACCACUGAUUUGGGUCCAAGAUGCAAAGAUGAGUCACUUCAAAAGCUUCUUUUUUUUUAAUCAGCUUUGAAAAACAGGCCUGAUAUUAUCGGCUUGCAGUGUUUGUUUUAGUUUUGCAGAGUCAUGCUUAAAUUAGCACCUUGUUGAAAUGAAAGCACUUUAACCUACAUAGAUAGUUGACUAGUACCGCAGUUCUUGAAAUGUUUGACUAAUAAGUUAGAGUUUAACUGAUUAAAUCUGAUUAGAAAUUCAUCUUGUUGGUCAGUAACUGUUAAAUAUUAAACAUAAAACAAAUACUACACUGUUUAAUGCUGUGUGUCUAGCAUGUUCUAAAGGCAUCACUGGUGAUGAGAACCAGUGCUAGUGACAUGUGUCCGCUUGAACAAACAUACCUGCAGGUACAAAAUAAAUAAAAAACAUAUUCAAUGUCUGA